AUGGCAAGUAGGGUGAGUUGUGUGGUGUUAGUUUUCGUGGCAGUUGCAUCCAUCCUACCCACUACGGUACAUGGUGAUAGACGACCUAUCAAUCCUCACGACCAACAACAUGCGCGCCCGGACCGUAAAGCUGUGAAGAGUGUGCCAGUGUACGAUACACUCGAGGAGGAAUCGGACUAUUGGCGAACAGCGGCACAGAAAUCCCUUCAGGAUCAUACAACGAUCCCGAAAGUCGAUCGCAAAGCGAAGAACGUGAUCUUCUUCAUCGGUGAUGGAAUGUCACUGACCACGGUCGCUGCGACUCGUAUGUACCUUGGCAACGAAAAUGCUUCCCUCUCGUUCGAACAGUUUCCGUACUUUGGUCUCGCCAAAACGUACUGCGUCAAUCGGCAGGUAGCCGAUUCGGCGUGUACCGCCACCGCUUACCUAUCCGGGGUGAAGAUCAACUACGCAAUGCUGAAUGUGGCGGCAAGUGUGCGACGUACGACGUGCGAGUACGAUCACGAGGCAACGGAGUUUAAGGGAUUGUUCCAAUGGGCCCAGGAAGCCGGCAAAGCGACAGGAGUCGUCACCAAUACGCGCAUCACGCAUGCCUCUCCGGCCGGCGCUUACGCUAGCAGUGCCGAUCGUGACUGGGAGGAUGAUAGCGAGAUCAAUGCCGACUGUCCGACGACGAAGGACGAGAACAAACCGAAAGACAUUGCCACCCAGCUUGUGUACGGUAGUGUCGGUAAGAAUUUGAAUGUGAUUCUCGGUUGUGGCCGGCGCCAUUUCCUACCCAAGGGUACGUCGGAUGAGGAUGGCAAGGCGGGAACACGCUCGGAUGGGAUUAAUUUGAUCGACGCGUGGAAAGAGGUUCAUAGUGCAAUGGGUGAGGCAGAGUAUGUGUCCGACAAGGCGAGCCUAAUGGAAGCGACAAAGACCAAAAAGCUCGAUUACUUGCUGGGUCUGUUCGAUAGCAGCCACUGUCUGUAUAAUCUGGAGAUCGACGAACAGAAUGUUGGCGAUCGGAAACCCAAGCUGACAGAAAUGGUGGACGCUGCGCUGAGCAUGCUGGAAGGUAGCGAGAAGGGGUACGUGCUAUUUGUGGAAGGUGGUCUAAUCGACACGGCACAUCAUUCAAAUCGGGCGCGCCUGUCGCUGGAGGAAACGAACGAAUUUCACAAAGCGAUCGAUAUGGCCCGCAAACGUACGAGCGUGGACGAUACGCUGAUUGUGGUAUCAUCGGACCAUAGCCAUACGCUCAUGUUCAACGGAUAUCCGACACGUGGCAACAACAUUCUAGGCAUUGGUGACAUCAGCGAUGUUGACGACCUGCCCUACACCACGCUUAGCUAUGCAAACGGUGAAGGGUUCUCGCAGACCUACGUCGAUGGCAACCCGUCCAAACGCAUCGACAUUUCCAACUACGACUUCACCAACUACCGGCAGCGUUAUCUGGCCACCGUACCACUGUCGUCGGAAACGCACGGCGGUGAAGAUGUCGGUGUGUAUGCCAGCGGUCCCGGUGCCCAUCUGUUCACUGGUAGCACGGAACAAAACGUGAUACCGAUGCUGAUAGCUUACGCAGCUAACAUCGGAACAGAGUUCGGCUGGGUGACGAACGACGAUGAUGAUGAUGGUCAUGAUGGUCAUGGAGAAGGUGAUGGUGAUGAUGAUGAUGACGAUGAUGAUGGUGGAGCGAGCAUGAUGUCUAUUCCGCACCUACUGCUCAUGUGUCUGACACUGCUUGGGACAUUCGCUCGACAGCUGUACCGGUGCUUCGUAUGUUUGCUGGCAUUGGCACUUGCUGCUGGCGAGCUUGUCAGCGUUCCCGAUGAUGGACGUGAACCCGAUGGCCAUUCGAGACGAGGCAAGCAUGCAUCAUUCCAUUCGAGUCCCGCUGCCUCCAGAUCUCAAACACCACAGGUGCAAGGUUACGAUGAUCGUGAACUUGAAACAGAUUACUGGCUAGAGCAUGGUCAACAAACUCUUGCACAGAAGUUAGCCACCCCGCACAACACAAAUCAUGCGAAAAAUGUCAUCUUCUUCAUCGGAGAUGGUAUGUCAUCGCAAACAGUCGCCGCUACCCGUAUGUAUCUCGGUAACGAGGCAAACAGUUUGUCGUUCGAAAACUUCAAGGACAUUGGCUCGGUGCGUACGUACUGUGUUAACAGACAAGUGUCCGAUUCUUCCUGCACUGCAACGGCUUAUCUGUCCGGAGUGAAGAUUAACUACGGCAUGGUAAACGUUGCUGCCUCUGUGCCGCGCUACACCUGCGAGUACGAUCGGAAUGCAUCCGACUUCGAGGGUCUGCUCAAGUGGGCUCAGGAUGCAGGCAAAAGUACGGGCAUAAUCACUACUACCAAGAUUACUCACGCAACACCAGCGGGAGCAUAUGCAAGCACCGCCAACCGGUACUGGGAGAACGAUGCGGAGGUACUGGAUGCCGAAUGUGAUCCGGAUCGCGUCGAUGACAUUGCCGAACAGUUGGUGGGUAAGGAAAUGGCCAAACGGUUUAACGUGGUGCUCGGUGGAGGGCGGGGCAAUUUACUCCCGGUCGAAACGAUGGACGAAGAGGGUAAGCCCGGCUAUCGGCUGGAUGGUAAGAAUCUGAUCGAACAGUGGAAACAAAUCCACGAGACGAUGGGACGUUCGCAGUACGUUUGGAAUCGGGAGCAGCUUCUAUCGGUGGACACUUCCAGCACGGACUAUCUGCUCGGGUUGUUCGAAAAUGGGCACAUGAAGUAUAAUCUUGAGCUGAAGGAUAGCAGUGAGGCGAGCCGAAUGGAACCGACGCUAGAAGAGAUGACACGGACGGCGAUCGAGUUGCUGAAGAAGAACCAAAAGGGAUACGUGUUGUUCGUGGAGGGUGGACUGAUUGAUGUGGCUCAUCAUGAAACGUACGCCAGGUUAGCACUGGACGAAACGGCUGAGAUGGCGAAGGCUAUUGAUACAGCCCGUAAAAUUACUAGCGAACAGGAUACACUGAUCGUUGUUAGUUCUGAUCAUUCACACACCAUGACGUACAACGGAUAUCCUAAACGAGGCAACGAUAUACUCGGAUUAGGUGAUAUAAGUGACGACGACCUGCUGCCUUACACCACCCUCAGCUAUGCAAAUGGAUUGUCCUAUUACACAACCUACACCCAGGACAAUUUAGCUGUUCGGGAGGACGUGUCCAAAUACGACUACACCCUGAUGGAUCAACGCUACAUGGCGACGGUACCGCUGGAUGCGGAAACGCACGGUGGCGACGAUGUUGCUGUCUGGGUAUCGGGCCCAAUGUCACACCUGUUCCGGGGUGUCUACGAACAGAACACCAUCCCGUACCUUAUCUCAUACAUUGCUCAGAUCGGCGAUUACUACGACGAUUCUAACUCAUCCGGAACGAGCUUCGUACUACAACUGUCUGUCCUUCUCGGAUGUUCCAUCGCCGUGCUGAUGAGGCGUUAAUUAAUCCUCCCGCCAAUUGGAAACAAUGAUCGCCCAUCUGUCAACCAGCCAGUUACUGUUUGAUCG